AAAAGGGUUUACGCUGCCGUCCUAAGUUACCAUUCAUCGCGAACUCUUCGGUAACCGCAGAUCAAAACACCAAACAACAAUCGCCAUGAAAUUCCUGAUUGUCUUCGUCGCCCUCUUCGCCGUGGCACUGGCUGCUCCAAAUCCUGACGCCGUAAUCCUGCGGUCCGAUUCUGAAGUUAAUCCCGAUAGUUUCAAAUUUGCCUGGGAGACUUCCGAUGGACAGUCAGCCAAUGCCGAGGGUCAUCUGAAUAACAUUGGAACUGAAAACGAGGCUAUUGCCGUCCGUGGAUCCUACAGCUUCACUGCUGAUGAUGGCGUGACCUACACCGUCAACUACAUCGCCGAUGAGAACGGAUUCCAGCCCCAGGGUGCUCAUCUGCCCGUUGCCCCCUAGGCCUAAGCGAAGUUCGUUUCUGCGUAAGCAUCUUUAAAGCCGGCCAGUCCUACAAAACUCUUUGUUAUACCCAACAUGUACUUACAUCCGGUUUCCCGCUUUAAAAGGGAAAAAUUCCUAAGUUGCAGAACCCACUUUGUUGAAUAUAAAAAAACGUAGAUUUUA